UCUGCAUCAUACUCGUUCGCCCUAAUACCAAUUAUAUAGCUUCUUUAUCUAUAUUUUCCCUUUUUCACUUUUAUUACCUCACCACACGCACUAAAACAGAGGUCUUCAACAUACGCUUAACCGAAUAGAAGCAAGAGCAAUGUACUCUCGUAAAGCCCGCGUGGCAUUAGCGCUGUUCAUGGCCAUAGGAGCCGUGGCCGGUGCCCCACCGACAGUCUUGGACCCCGAAAGUGGAGUCAAAUCCGUAAAAUCUGCGGUAUCCACCAGCGUAAUAGAAAAGAUCGACAACGAUGACAACAGUCUCACAAAGAUACAGAGCGUCACGUUUAGAUUUACUCAGCCCGAUCGUGUUCUAGCCGAAAGCACCAAGACCGAGAAUACUCAGGCUGAGACAACCAAGGUCGAGGUUACAAAGGUUGAGACCGCCCAGUCGCAAACCACCCAGGUUGUGAGUACUAAGUCUGAGGCCACCGCACUCGAAACCACCUCAGUCGUGAGCUCUCAACCCGAGAGCUCCCAAGCUGAGACUACACAGUUUGAGACCACUGCAGCCAAGACCACCCAGUCACAGAUCACGCAGGCCGUGACCACUAAGUCUGGGGCCACCGUAGUUGAAACCACUGCAGCCGAGACUACUGAAGAUAAGACCAGCGCAGCUGAUAGCACUCAGGCUGAUGGCACUGCUGCAGACGAGACAACCGAGACUGAAACCACUAUUAAAGUCACUUCAUCCGAGGAUGACACGGAGAGUGAUGUUAAUUCGCCGACGAUUACAGAUAAAGAAGACGAUUUGUCUGCUUCCGAUUCCACUAUUUCCAAUGUUAACAGAACCGAGGACUCCACCAACACAUUUUCCCCAGUUGUGACCAGCGCCGAGCCCACUGGUGUUAUUCCCGAUUUUAGUGUUACCGAGGACCCAGUAGAUACUUCCGUUGUUUUAAGCGCUACAUCGACUAGCGUUGUUGACGUGGAAGAUACCAGUACCGAGACCACUGAUAAAUUGCUUUCCAGCACCAUAUCCAGUAUCAGCAGCAUCGCCUCUGAUAUUAGCACCGUCGUUAACACCAGCACAAUAUCCAGUAUCAGCAGCAUCACCUCCGAUAUUAGCACCGCCGUGAACACCAGCACUGAAUUCGAAGCCAGCAGGGGAAAUAGUUCCGAUGUUUCGUCGAAAGUCGCCAGCACCGCAAGCCCCACAGUUAUAAUUACAAGCGAUGCCGAGACUACCUUAGUCAUCUCUCGCCCUAGUGUUAGCAGCACCGUGGAUUCCUUUGUACCCACGUCUGUUGAGCAGAGCACUGGUUUUGACAGCAGCGAAUUGAUCUCUACAAUUGCAGAUAUCACUCUUCCCGAUGUCUCUGGAGAGUCAUCUGUCGUUGUUACUCUCACGGAGCUGCCGCCAUUCCUCUCGUUGACCACUCCAACAUCUGGGAGCACCAGUAUUGAGAGCACUAUUAGCUGGACUUUUACUACCGACGAGACCUAUUUCCCCAUUUCCUCCGACAUCGUUAACUCUGAGGAGGGCAGGCCUACCGCGACCUCUUCAACUGAGACGCUCGCAUCUGCGACCGAGAUAGAUUCGCAGUCAUCACGCAGUACUUCCUUGGAUGACGCGAGCCCGACAGAGUCGGAAAUUGUUUCGAGCCCCACAAACAUUGUUACAACGGAGGAUCACAUUUCUACCCUUACCAGCAUCAGCUCUGGUGAGACCGAGGAUAACUCUGUCAUUGCUUCAGCCUCUAACUCGGUCAGCAUCUCACCCUCAGACUCGGUCAGCAUUUUGCCUUCAGACUCUGCCAUUGCUUCACCCUCGGACUCUGCCAUUGCUUCACCCUCAGACUCUGCCAUUGCUUCACCCUCGGACUCGGUCAGCAUUUUGCCUUCAGACUCUGCCAUUGCUUCACCCUCGGACUCGGUCAGCAUUUUGCCUUCAGACUCUGCCAUUGCUUCACCCUCGGACUCUGCCAUUGCUUCACCCUCAGACUCUGCCAUUGCUUCACCCUCGGACUCGGUCAGCAUUUUGCCUUCAGACUCUGCCAUUGUUUCACCCUCGGACUCGGUCAGCAUUUUGCCUUCAGAUUCUGCCAUUGCUUCACCCUCAGACUCUGCCAUUGCUUCACCCUCGGACUCGGUCAGCAUUUUGCCUUCAGAUUCUGCCAUUGCUUCACCCUCAGACUCUGCCAUUGCUUCACCCUCGGACUCUGCCAUUGCUUCACCCUCAGACUCUGCCAUUGCUUCACCCUCGGACUCGGUCAGCAUUUUGCCUUCAGACUCUGCCAUUGCUUCACCCUCGGACUCGGUCAAUUCUGCCAUUGCUUCACCCUCAGACUCUGCCAUUGCUUCACCCUCGGACUCGGUCAGCAUUUUGCCUUCAGAUUCUGCCAUUGCUUCACCCUCGGACUCGGUCAGCAUUUUGCCUUCAGACUCUGCCAUUGCUUCACCCUCGGACUCGGUCAGCAUUUUGCCUUCAGACUCUGCCACUGCUUCACCUUCGGACUCUGCCACAAUUCCAGCCCCCGACUCAUCAUCCGGCGAUCUUAGCUCGCAGCAGUCGCCUAUUGAAUCUGCCACCAAUGUGAGCUCCGACUUUUCCCAGAGCUUCUCCAGCGACAUUGUCUCUGACGUUUCUCAGAUUUCCACAGACAACGCAGUUGACAGCAGCAGCAAUGUUGCCAGCGGUACAAUUUCGGCGAGCUCCAGCAUGACCAAUGGAGCGAGCACGAGUGUUGAUCAGAGUGCUACAGACUCAUUCGUGGACUCGGCCACAGCUACAUCCGAAACCAACGCGUUGGCGUCAGUAACAGCGACCGGAUCUGAACCCUCAUCCUCCCUCAUCUCAACCUCCAUUACCACGUUCAACUCUGCAAGCUCUAAGGCUACUCCCGCUGAUGAUAGCACGGCCACUCGGGAGGAAGUCAAAACCAGCAAAACCAGCACUUCUAUUUCCGAAAAGCCAGUCAUCGAGGUCCCCACCUCUGUUGACUUCAGCCGGCUGGUUGCCACAUCAACCGAUAGUGUCUCCCAAGCAACUGGAAUCGUGUACCCACAGGUGAUAGUCAACCCGUUGAGCUCGAUCUGCAGCCAGUGUUUGACAUUCCAAAUCAGAAUCUUGGCGCCGUAUGAGAAUCUGUUUGGUUCCAAUAACUUCCUUGCAUCUCAGGCGUUCAACGCAAUUCCCGACCUGGUUGCUGAGGCGCUGAGCACUAACCCCAACCGCAUCACUGCUUCGAUGAUUUUCGCCAACGCUGACGCUGUUGCUACGCUCAACAAUCGGGCCCUUGGUACGGAUGUGCCUCACUACUACAUAAGCAUGUCAAUCAUUAAGGACAAUGGACAAGUGAACCCUAUCACUGAUCUGCAGUCUUUGGGUACCACGCUCAGCUCCCAAGUGCGCGACUCGUCGAGCCCGCUUCAUACCAUAAACCAGUGGGGCGCUCUGAUAGACAGGUCAUACCUAAAAAUUACCAGCAGGCUCGAAGAGCUUAAGGGGGUGGCUCAGACCGCACCUAACAGCCCUAACCAGGUCGACAGCCCCUUCAAGGGUACCGUGAAAUCCAACUCACGCAAGAUGUGGAUUGGAAUUGGAAUUGCCAUUGCCAUCGCUAUCAUGGCUGUCAUUGUUGUUUGGUAUGUGCGCAGGCAGCGCCGCGCACUUCUCAAGGAGAACUUCUGGGUCACGACGUAAUAUGUUGAUACUAUCUUUUCUUUCCUGACUACGCAUACCUUCCUCAAACACAUUGGAUUUUCUUCUGCUUGCGCCUGUGCUAACAGUAUUUCCUAUUUUACUUGAUUGCUACAGAAUGCCGUUUACCACAUCUAUUUAUUUACUUUUUUAUAUCUACUUUUGGCUUCAAUGCUUCAAUUUUCAUUC